CAUGCCUUGGAUCCCAUUCGACCUUUCACAUCGCACCGCCCGCCUCUCUGACCGACUGCACCGACUGCACCGACUGCACGCCUCACCUGGCCGUACCACGAUAUCACCACCUCGACUCGAACCCCGUCUCCCCUGUGUGCCACCUCUUGUCGGGCCCUCCUCGCCACUGACAGCCCACGCCGGCAACCGAUCCUUCCAGAGUCGCUUUCGUCAUCACAGCACGGCCCAAAGCCCGAACUGCUUCGGCCCAACAACCAACAUCCAUCCUCUCCUUGAGCCGCCGCCGCCGCCGUCGCCGCCCACCCACACCACACGACAUCCGCAUAUCGCAUCGCCUCGCAGCCCGUCCCGUCCGGCCCUCCGCCCCGUCGACUGACUGACUGACUGACUGACCGACUCUCUUGUGACUCCCCUGACGGUGCCAAGAGCCGACACUUGACACCACCAAGAGGAAGGGCUCUCAUGCCCGUGCCGUGGCCCAGCCAGCCGAAGCCCAUGCCUCCACAACCUCGACGCAUCCAUUCUUGCCCGCGAGAAUAAGACCCACUCUCCCUUCCCGAUCCCCGACUCGAAUCUGCGAUCCAGGCUCGGCUCGAGACCCACCGAAAACUGCCUGACCAUCUCGCCCUCCCGCGGCUCCCUCCUCGUCUGGAGCUCACCCCGAUGCCGUCCCCAACAUGAACGACUUCUACCAGAACCAGCUGGCCCAGGCCGCUGCUGCACAGCAGCGCCGCCAGCACCAGGGCCGCCCCGCCAACAUGAUGAUGCCGCCCAGCGUCAACCCCGCCGGCCAUCCCCCCCGCGGCUCCCCCACCAUGCAGCAUCCCAUGAUGCCCACAAUGUCCCCCGACACGGCCAUGAUGGGCGGUGACUCGCUCGACGAGAUCAUCAACCAGAACACCGCCACUCGGAGGAGGCGGAGCGUCCCGCACCCCUUCUCCCCGAACCAGCCCCCCCAUGACGAGCCCGACCGGAGGAUGUCCAUGAACCUCGAGUUUGGGAGCAGCAACGACCACUACAGGGGCUUCCAGUUCGACAGCCCACUCACCACCGCACCGCCGCCCUCGUCCCUGGCAGACGGCAUGCCUUCCUAUGCCAACAUUGGCAACAUGACCUCGCCCCUGACCAUCCCCCCUCACACCGGCAACUUUGAGUUCUCGGCCAUGUCGCCCGAUGUCAUGAACAACAUGAUGAGCUUCUCCAACCUCAGUAUGAGCCAGAUGCAGGCAGACCCCAGCGGCAUGGGCCUGUACAGCAACCCAAACAUGAGCCCCCAGUAUGCAAACACCGGUAUGGAGCCCGUAUCGCCCGACUUUGCCAUGGACAUGAACCCGGACAGCUCCAUCGGCGUCGCCGCCGCCAAUGCGACUGGCUCAAACCUGGCCGACGAUGGCGACGACGACAUGAUGGUUGGAAACCACCAUUACGGGAGCAACGGCUCAGGCACCCCCCAGGCUGCUCAGGCGGGCGGCGGGCCCAUGGCGGCCUACAAUAUGGCCCCGCCCCUGUCGCGAGAGGUGUCCAACGCAAAUUCCUUCAACCAGUCCCCGGUUUCCCCGGGUGUUAGUACCGCCCGGGGCAGUCUCGUCCCCGAAACUCCCAUGCCGGCCCCGGCCGAAUCGGGAGCCGCCACACCGGGUGCUGAGGUCAAGCAAGAAUCAAAAAAUAUCUACUCCAAGAGUGGCUUCGACCUGGUGCGGGCUUUGUAUUACAUCGCCACGAGGCCCAACCCGGAGAUUCAGCUCGGCGCCGUGGACCUGUCCUGUGCCUUCGUCGUCUGCGACGUCACCAUGAACGACUGCCCCAUCAUCUACAUAUCAGACAACUUCCAGAACCUGACCGGAUACAGCCGUCAUGACAUCAUGGGCCAGAACUGCCGCUUCCUCCAGGCUCCUGAUGGCAAGGUCGAGGCCGGCACCAAGAGAGAAUUCGUCGCGAAUGAGGCCGUCCUCAACCUCAAGCAGAAGAUCCAGGAGGGCAAGGAGGUCCAGCAGAGCUUGAUCAACUACAGGAAAGGCGGCAAGCCCUUCCUCAACCUGCUCACAAUGAUUCCUAUCCCCUGGGACACGAAAGAGAUUCGAUACUUCAUCGGGUUCCAGAUUGACUUGGUCGAGUGCCCCGACGCCAUUGCGGGCCAGGAACUGGGUAAGGUCCAGGUCAACUACAAACACAGCGAUAUCGGCCAGUACAUCUGGAACCCACCCGAGGGUGAUCGGGUCGAGCCGGAUGCUGGGCAAACACUUUCUGCCGACGAUGUUUCCACCCUGCUACAGCAAUUGAAACCAGGAGGCACCAACCUGGGCGACUGGCACAAGCAGUCUUGGGACAAGAUGCUCCUGGAGAACGCAGACGACGUCGUCCACGUCUUGUCGCUCAAAGGACUGUUCAUGUACCUGUCACCCUCAUGUAAGAGGGUCCUGGAGUACGACACCAAGGAGCUCAUCGGCAACCAGCUGUCCUCCAUCUGUCACCCCUCCGACAUUGUCCCCGUCACCAGGGAGCUCAAAGACACGGCCGUCGGCAACCACGUCAACAUCGUCUUUCGGAUCCGGAGGAAAGAGAGCGGCUACACCUGGUUUGAGAGCCACGGGUCGCUGUUUGUGGAGCAAGGAAAGGGCAAGAAAUGCAUUAUCCUCGUGGGCCGAAAACGGCCCGUCUUUGCGUUAAGCAGGAGCAACAUCGAGAACAACGGCGGCAUUGGCGACGGUGAGCUCUGGUCAAAACUUUCAACGUCCGGAAUGUACUUGUUUGUGUCUUCGAAUUGCCGAUCAUUACUGGAUUUGCAACCAAACGACCUCGUGGGAACCAGCAUCCAGGAUCAGAUGCGCAAGGAGACACGGCCUGAAUUUGGCCGGUCAAUAGAGAAGGCCCGGAAGGGAAAAAUCGUCAAGUGCAAACAUGAGAUCCAAAACAAGAGGGGCCAAAUACUACAAGCCCAGACUAUCCUGUAUCCCGGAGACGCAGCCGAGGGGCAAAAGCCGACUUUCCUCCUGGCCCAGACAAAGCUUCUAAAAGCAUCAAGUAGGGCUCUGGCCCCAGCAUCGACCGCAGGCAAGUCCGCCCCAUCCAUGAUAAGCGCUGGGCCUCCCGAAGACGCCCACCAGCCAUCGCACGGCUCCCUUGCCUCGCCCAACAGGGUACGCUCAGUGUCUGGCGCAGAGCAGGGUAUUGUUUCUCAGGCCUCAGGCGGAGGCUUGGUUCUUGGUAACCAGGAUGCCGCCCUCGCCAGCGAUGACAACAUUUUCGACGAGCUCAAGACGACUCGAUGCUCAUCGUGGCAAUACGAGCUUCGCCAGAUGGAAAAGGUCAACAGGCUGUUGGCCGAGGAGCUGGGCCAGCUGCUGAGCAACAAGAAGAAGAGAAAGCGCAGGAAGGGCGUGGGAAACGUGGUUCGGGACUGCGCGAAUUGCCACACUCGUAACACCCCAGAGUGGCGCCGAGGGCCGAGUGGGCAGCGAGACUUGUGCAACAGCUGUGGUCUGCGAUACGCUAAGCAGACCGGCAGAGUCUCGCCCCGCAACUCGUCUCGCGGCGGCAAUGGUGACUCGCACUCGAAAAAGUCCAGCUCACCGAACCAAUCCUCACCUCUGCAUCGCGAGAUCUCCACCGCCUUGAGUGGCAUGGCCGGCACCCAGUCUCACAAGGCGGGCACUGUCGACAGCGUCGGCAACAGCAGCAAGACGACCCGGUCGCCCAGCACUGCAAGCGUGCCGAACACCACGGCCCCCAACACGAAUUCUGGGAGCGCCAACAGCAGCUCGGCCGGGGGCAGUGCGACGCCGAUGAAAGUGAUGAUGCCACCUCCCAGCCAGCCCCUCCUCGAGGGGGGCUCCGGCGUGCACGGGCACAGCAUGAGCAUGACGAGCAUCGCCGAGGAGAAGGACUGAUGGGGCGGAAUCAUCGGAUGGGCAACCAAUCCCCACCAAACUUCACGACAUCUAAUAUCGCCCCGCACGUGCGCGACACGUCCUGCCUUGCCUGGCCGUGAUGCUGAUUAGCGGUUGGAGCCCCCGCGAGCAGCCGGGGGGACGAGCUCACCAACCAUCAUACAUUUGCUUACAUUUCACAUAUUUCUGAGAUACCACGAUGUUGUUACGCUUCCGGGUCGGGAUGACUAUCUAUCUACCUUGUCUGGGGUUAUUUAUGGAAGCAAAAUUUUUGGGAGACGGCAUAUAAGCGCCAGGAGCCUCCUGUUUUUUGGGUGGGAAAACGAGAUAACGUGCGCCUUGUUCACAUACUCUUACGGGGCAGGCGGAUGGGUCGGUCCUUGCUUGAUUAUUCUCAUGUGCGCAAGAAGACUCCCCGUGUUUGAUGGGGGUUCCCUAGCGGACGAACUCUCGGGAUGGCAGCCUUUGGAUUACUCAUUCUAGAUUUUAGACCAAUGGCUUUUUUCUCUUUUCUUUUUUUUCAUUGUUAUGUGUGAUUGAUUAAACGCUGUUCUGUGGGGCCGUUCAUCUGGACUGCUUGGAUCCAGGCGGGUUUUGGUGAGCGUGGCUUGUUGGGCGGCAUGAGCUUUGGCUCCUCUUGCUUGUGUUGUGUGCCGAUUCAAAGACUGGUUUUUUUGUUGGUUGGCGCGACUUGGGGGGUCUUGCCUCGUGCUCCUCCUACUUAUGACGGCUGGCCAUCAAGAUGGGGUUUCGAUACCCAGUCUGUCGCUGUUGGGAGUUGUCGAGCCGAGGGGGCCAAAAGUCUUACGCAGGGCGGUGCCGGCGUGCGUGCGUGUGUGUGAGAGACGGCGGUUGGGAAAAGGGAGCCUGGAGUUCUCGUGCCUGUGUGUGUCUGUGUGUGUGUGUGUGUUCCUGUUUUAUACCUACACCUACACCUUCCUUCUGCUGCUGUCUUGUGUGUUCUCUUCUUUUUUUCGUGUUUAUAACUUUUUUUUUGGAGAGCGCGCUCCGUUUUUACAUACCCCUUUUGGAUGAUAUGCCCUUAUGGCGGAUACACGUCGCCUUAUGCACGCAUGAAAUGAAAGAUGGAUUUGACUAA